AUGCUUUGGCUGAAGGCAGAACAUAAGAAACAAACAACAACAGCCCUAGAGGCCGCUGCAACUCUCACAAAGCCCCCCCUAAACCUCUUUUCGCGAUUCUCUCCCCUAAAGGUUCGCCUGGAGCACCGGGAGUUGGCUUCAAGUUAUUCUGCAUAUGUGUCUCCGGUGGGAUCCGAUCCCGGGCCUGUGGGGUCUCCUGCAGCGGGAGACGGUUUGGGGAUCGACGUUCACCACUUGGUGUUCUCUUACGAUCCCACUGCUGUCUCUAAAGAGACACAACAGCCCUUCCGCUACCUUGAGGGACAAAGUGUCUCCUUUGUAAACCUCAGAGACACCCGAAACAAACAAACGGAGACACCUGUCUCUGUCUCUAAACCCCGCCUAUACAGCGUUGCUUCAUCCCCUUUGGCCCCAGACGAAGGCCUACCGCACUCCUUUUCCCUAUGCGUAAAGAGACACCGCUACAGGGAUGUUAACGGCCAAGGAGACCCCUCUAAAGACGGCCUCUGUUCCUCUCUGCUUUGCUCAGCCCCGAUCGGCACGGAGUUUGAAGUUGGGGGACCCGUGGGGGCUUCCCUGCUGCUGCCACAAGACCGAGAUGUCCCUCUUGUCUUUGCAUGCACUGGCACAGGGGUGGCUCCUCUCCGCAGCUUCUUGCGCAGGAUUGUUGCUGAGGGACGCCCUGGCCCAGUACUUGCUUAUGUGGGGGCAGCUACUGCUGCUAGCUUGCCGUAUGCUAGGGAGUGGGCCGCGCUGCAGAAGCUGCUGCCGCCUUCGCUGCUGCGGCUGCAGUUUGCUCUGUCUAGGGAAGCACAGGCCCCGGACGGUGGCCGGCUGUACGUACAGCACCUGAUGGAGAGAGACGGAGACAUGCUGCUGCAGCUGCUGCACGAAGGGGCCUUCGUUUAUAUCUGCGGCCGAAAAGAUAUGCUGCCCCCCAUUAAGGCAGCACUACAGGCUGCUGCUGCACGCAACAACUUAGACUCAGCUGCUUUCUUUAAGUCCCUCAUCGCAGCCAAACGCUGGAGAGCGGAGGUCUACUAG